UUGAAGGUACCCCUCUACUACUUCUCUUCUCUACUCACUACCUUAUCAUGACAAACCGAUGAUUCACAUCACCUUCAACUUCCCUUCUAGCUCGUCUUUCUUUCCCUCAGACAAAAAACACAAACACCAUUAAAGCACCAACUUGCUCUUACUCCAAUUCUUCAAAAUUGAUCUCUGAUCAGCAAAAGGAAACUCAAUAUGGCUUCAGAAGAGACGAUGAUGACGACCUUGCAAGAUGAAGAUUUUGACGAUGAUUUUGAAGAUGGGUUUGAUCAUCUUCUUCACCAGCACCCUCACCCCCACAACUUGUCAAGGCUCUCUGUGUGUACCAGCAGGAGCAGCACGUUGGGUGCUGUUGACGAUGAUGUUGACAAUCUAGCUUCCAUGUGCAUAUCAAACUUGUCCAUUGAAAGCUUCGAAGGUGAUGCAGAUGGGGAGUUUUCAGAUGGAAAGGAGGAGCUACCAGCAACAGGGUUGAUGUUGUCCUCUGGCUCUGAAAACGAAUCGGGUGGCUGUUAUUCUCUGCCGGUGACACCGCCACGGCGGAGGAACCAGGUUCAGACGGUGAAGGAUUACGCCAGUGACAAUGGGGGUAGAAUUAGAAAGGAGACAAAGAACAAUGAUCCAAGUAGGAGGAGGAGGAGAAGGUUGAGAGGGGAACAUAGAUGGGUGUUUGAAGAGAAGGGGAAGAAGACAAAAGAGGAUCAGGAGCAUGUGAUGAGUGGUGAGAGUGAUCAAAGUGGGAGCACAGGAACUGGGGUGAUGGUGAUUACUAGGCCCAAAGGAGGGAACAGGCCUUUGUGUAUGGAUUUGGAGGAAGUGAAGGCUUGUAGAGAUCUUGGGUUUGAAUUGGAGCAUGAACGUAUGCUAGAGAUUCCAUCUCGUAAAUCAUUGUCCAAUUCCACUCUUGACACUAGUAGUGGUGGCAAUUCACCCAUCUCCAAUUGGCGUAUCUCGAGUCCCGGUGAUGAUCCACGUGAUGUGAAGGCUAGGCUCAAAGUGUGGGCUCAGGCGGUAGCCAUAGCAUCUACCUCCAAAUAUGGCACAUGAGUCACAACUCCUAAGUUUCUGGUUAACUCAUAUCCACUCCCUCUUUUUGGCGAUUCAGACAACAUACACAACAUACUUAGAACAUUAUGCAUAGGCUCUUUUUUUUUCUCAGUAUGAUUGAUUGUAAAAUUUUGUUGUACUUCUAGAAUUUUCUGUCAUAAAUUCCCGCAGUAGCAGGAGUGUUGGUUUUCAUGUUGAAGUCCGACCAUCACUUUUCCUCUGUACAGUGUAGUGAUGUUUGUGACUUUGUGAAUAUAAAAUGAAAAAGCCAUGAUAAAGUAGUGUGAAUGGCCGAUGAAAUUAUACAAUAGAAA